CAUCCAAAAAUCAAAAAUCAUGAAUAUUCAUCCUCUGGAAAUUCCGACCGUGGGUUGAUGGAUGCAUGUUCCGUACUUUUCCGUACCGUAGUACGGUACCGUUCGUACAAUCAUUUACAACAGAAGUAUCCCAGGAAAGAUAGGAGAUCGCCUAAUGCCGGUAGAAUAGAAUCGAUCCCAUUGACAGUGUAACAGAAGAGCGAACCUAUCAAUUGCUACACAGUUGUUGCGAGCACAAUAUUCCAAUUCAAUAGUAGCGGACGGCGUCCUGAAACACCCUUUGUAUAAAACGACGAAAAAGGGUGCUCUGUCAGAGGCUUCUGAGAUGUCGUCAGCAUGUAUGUAUUCGUCGGUAAUGCAGAGCUUGUUACAGAACAGCGACAUAGAUUGGAAUCAAUUUCUAGAAACAAUCUGGGAGAGAAAAUGCCAUCGAUUUGUUUUCAAUGAAGAUAAGCUAUCAUCUAAAUCAUGUUCUGAGAAUAAUGUUUGGACUGAAAUGGUCCAUCGCGGAUGGGCUGUACUGACGCAGCUUAUGGAUGGGUCCUGUUUAGUAGGCGAUGGAGAUAGAUCACAACAGAAGGCAUCCAUAGCUACCGGCAAAGGUGAUUGCGACUCGCCCCUAUUAUUCCGAGAUUUGCAACCCAUGGAUGACCCAGAUGAAAUUCAUAGACUCUAUAACAACAGUCUUUACGCCGCAUAUCUAGCCGGAACCUCGAUCGUGUGGAAUCAUGUCGAUUUGAAAUCUCCUCGAGUCGCAGCCCUCUGCGAAGAUUUGCAAGGGAGCCGAUGUAAACCAGAACAAGAGCAUGAACGACGAACAUAUAGUUAUAAAUCUUUGAAGUUGGACCGCGCCUUUUUUCCUCACGCGUACGCCAAUGCUUAUCUCACGCCACCCAAGUCACAAACCGUCCCUCCGCACGCCGAUGAUCGAGAUGUUCUUGUCUUUCAACUUGUUGGAAGGAAACGAUGGAGAGUUUAUCAACAAAUACCGAUUCACUAUCCUUUUACGCACGAACAAGUGGGAAAGUCCGGCAUCGCGGUACCCGAGUCUGUACUCAAGGGCCCCCUGGCGUUCGACGACUCAUUACAGCCGGGUGAUGUUCUAUACAUACCCCGCGGAAUGGUCCACGAAGCUAAGACUGACACAGGCAAUGACGAUGUUCCGGAAUUGAGUUUUCAUAUUACAGUGGCAUUGGCAACUUAUGAUUGGACAUUGGUAGGAAAUCUAAGCCGAAUGCUUCAAACAAAAUUAAUGAACAUUGGAGAAUUGCUACCGUCAUCUACCGAUGCAUCGUCAUCGGCACGAACAUCGAACACGACUCUCUCCCCAAUGAAUUUGCGUCGAUCUAUUUUACCAACAACACGAGAGAAUUUCCGCCGGAAACACCGAGACGAAGGAAAAGGUGACGAUUGUAAAAGUGUAACAGAUGCUAAUGGUGCUGCAUCGCCAGCUCGUCUUGAUUGCGGUGGCUUUCUCGUUGACACCGGGGCAAUUCAAAAAGGAAUAGAUAGUGUCUUUAAAAAGCUUCGGACCGAAAUCACGGCCGAAUCCGUCGCCGAAGCCAUGGACCAUAGAAUCAAAGCACACAACUUACGCGCAUCAGGGAAACGCAAUGCGCUGAUAAUGAUCGGGGAAAAAGAUGAAUCUCAAUGUGAGCCCAAAAAGAAAGCCAUUGCGGAUCCCAUGGAUUUGGUUGUGGGUCCAGUAGCGGCAAAAAACGUAUCUUUAGAAACUCACAUUCGAUCUUCGACUCCUAUCGAACGCGAUUAUGCACAGAAGAAAAGCAGUGCUUCAAGUUCUUCUGCGGCUGGAUUGAAUGUUCGGGACGAAAUAGGAGACGAUGUUGCAGAAAUAGUUACAAAGAUCAAAAUACAACAACCGCAGCAAAAUUCUACGUUUCGGGUUGGAGAUUUUCAUAAACUUUUGGAAGCAUAUUCACAUUCAUUGGUUUGCAAAUUGACCUCAUUGAGCCUAGCAAAACGUGCUGUCGAGCUUGGUGCUUUUGCAGUGUGCGAUUGGGACGGUACCGAAGUCCCAAGAGCGACGAAACGAAGAAAAAUUGAUGUCAAUAUCUGAAUUUGAUUAUGAUCAAAGAUUCACGAGAGCACACUGGUAAAAGAACGAGAGGCAUUCGAGUCAACCUAAAUAAGAAGAUAAGGUGUUAUCAGUAGGAAGGGGCAUCCAUGUGCGACGCUUAUUUUUGUCUCCAAACGAUACGGGAUGUAAGUCAUGAACGUACGGUACUUCAAGAAGUCAGAAGAGGAGUGAAUCUUGAUCCCCGGCAUACUGAUUGUCUUCACUGGAAUAACGAUGAAAUCACCAUCAAAUCAGUAGCGAAAGUGGACUUUGAUUUUUGUACUCCCAUAGAAAUAAUCUGAAAAUCAUUCAUUCUUGAAGUAGCAUCCUGUUGAAAAGUUACCAAAAAGGUAUGAGAGAUGCUAGAUUUGCUCUCUUUGUUGAGUAUCACUUCCUACUAUUACUACUAGUAUAAUACAAUACAAAUUGCAAA